AUGAAGCGCAAGCUGUCGAAUUCCGGUCUGGAAAAUGACCACCCCGAGGUCUCGACCCCCAAGAGACCACGCACGGCGCUAUCCCAAACGAAUGGCGCGUUAAACGGCCACGCGCCGAAUCUCCCUCCUCCUUACGGCGAUGCCACCUACGUGCUUCCCGAGGUACCACGAGUCCAUGCGACGCCGAAGAAGACCAACGGAGUGGCCGCGACACCACUUAAAGAAUCUGGGUUGAAGACGCCGACACACAAAUCCAAGGCUCGAUCGCUAUUCGCGACACCCACGAAGCCCAAGGCUCCGACUGCCGCUACGCCGUCUCGAAUCAAGAAUGCAGAUCGAUCUGCAAAGAAAAAGAGUGCUCGAGUGCUUUUUGAGCAGGAUGAGGAUGCUGCUUGGGAUGGGUCUGAGCAGCUUGCGGAGGAGAUCCUCCAAGAUGACGAGCCCGAAGCAGACGAGGCUGCUGAGCCAGUAGUGGAGAGCGUCGAGGGAGAAGACGCAGAGAAAUCAAAAGAGAAAGAGGCCAAGGCUCCAAAGCGACGGGCAGGCCGACCCAAGGGCGCGAGGAACAAGCGAUCACCAACCCCAGAUGGUGAACUGCCUCCGCAUGAGCGCUACUUCUUCCAGAAUCGCGCUGGUACUGGGAAGACGUCCAACACUACUUUGAAUAAGGUGUCACUCUUGACGCACGAGGAAUACUUCGAGAAGCUUGGCCAAUACGUGGACCCGUGCAAGGACGAGAAAGAGUAUUUGCUUUCCUUGCACCACCGAUCUUUCCCACAGUGGUAUUUCGAGUUCGAAGAAGGGUUCAAUAUCUGCCUAUUUGGAUACGGCUCUAAACGCAGACUCGUGCAGCAGUUUGCAGAUUGGCUCUACCAUAAACGGUCUGUAUCUGGAACCGCUCCAUCCAUCGUCAUCGUCAACGGUUAUACACCAGGCAUCUCGAUCCGUUCCAUUUUUGCCAUGAUUGCGACAGCCAUUCUGGGCGAGGACCUGCCAUCUAAACUGGGUGCACAACCAACCGAGGUACUCGAGCUUCUACAAUCAGCACUCAAGUCUCGACCAGCCAAUGAAGAGCCCAUCACGGUUCUGAUCAACUCGGUCGAUGCACCGCCCUUGCGUCGUGCCGCUAAUCAAGCUCUCCUCGCCCGCCUAGCUGCCACGCCUCGGAUCCGCCUGCUUCUCACCGCAGAUACUCCUAACUUUGCAACAAUGUGGGACAUCAGCCUACGUGAUCAAUUCAACCUUGUCUUCCAUGACAGCACAACCUUCACCCCUUUCGCUGUGGAGACCAAUGUCGUGGAGGAAGUCCACACCCUGCUUGGUCGCAAAGGCCAGCGUGUGGGUGGAAAGGACGGCGUGGGCUUCGUGCUAAAGAGUUUGCCAGAGAAUGCACGGAACCUGUACCGCCUUUUGCUGACAGAGGUCAUCACUGUGAUAGACGACGGCCACCAGUCUGACGACGAAAGGGCCGCGGAUAGCGGGGGUCGAAGCGUCGAGGAACAUGGCAUCGAGUUCCGUCUGCUCUAUCAGAAGGCGACGGAGGAGUUCAUCGCAUCGUCUGAGAUGAUGUUCCGUACUUUGUUGAAGGAAUUCCACGAUCACCAGAUGAUCACCUCGCGCAUGGAUCCCAGCGGUAUGGAGAUCCUGGGUGUUCCACUGUCUCGUGACGAGAUGGAAGGUGUUCUGGAAGACCUAGUGUUAGGUUAA